AUGACGUACAGCGAAAAACAUCAGUGGGCAUGGCAGGUGGAGAAGAAGCGAGCCGGCCUGCCCGUGGAGCAGUGGCUGCGCGACUUCCUGCAGGCCACCUUCGACCAGCUGAACCGCGACGUGGCGGAGGCCUCGGCGCGCGGCGGCGGCGGGCCGGGGGCGGCGCGCAAGCAGGCCCCCACCGCCCCCACGGCCGAGGAGAAGCUCAUCGGCGAGCUGAUGCGCCGGCCGGCGGACAGGCCCACCCGGCUGGGUGGUUCCGGGAGCGGCAUUCCUUUUAAGAACAUACAUGGAGCUGCGUCCAAGUCAAGGACAUCUGUUCCAGAAGAAAAAAGUGUUCGCAGUAACGACAGCAUGAAGUUCCUGUUGAAGAAAUUUCACACUUCAGUCUUGGGUCAAGAUUCGCGGAACAUGGCAAAAAUGCCAGCGCCAAAAUGCUUGAUCAGCGAAAGCAGCAACAACGUGCUUUUCGCCGACGAGCGGUGCGACAUUGUAAACCACCUCGAUGCGAACAUGCUAAAAACUAUGAAGUACCCGGUGGUCGUGUCGCGAUUCCAAACGAUCUCGUCCACACGACCGUUGCUCGCGGAUCCGUCCAGCGUGGUGACCAUCGGCGGGAACGUGGCGAACAUGGCCGGCGUCCGGCCUCAAGACGUCGGCACUCACCAGGAGCAGGGUCGGACGCAGUCGCACACGCAGAUAUUUCUCUUCAGCAACUUCACAGAAAUGGGCGUUCAGAAGCAAUGCAGCUACUUGGUCGCCGGGGUGAAGGGAGACAAUCACUCCGGGCCAUCACAAGAUGCCAUGCGGCGACCUGAAGACCACACACCAGCUGCGGACCAUCCCACGAGACAAGUCUCAAGAUACCGGAUACAGAAAUAUAGUAAAACUAGUGAUGUUGCUCUUCAGGACAUCUCACUUCAAGAGCCUCCGUAUGCCGGAUUGAUAUGCAUUGAAGAGUCACCGCGCAAAUUCUCAGGGAAUGUUCCGACAGUGGCUCAAACUGGGGAAAGAGCUAAGCCGAAUCAUAUACAGCCUGAACAAGUAAAUGUAAAUAUAGAGCCUCUGAAACCUCAUACAAACACGACGGAUGAAAUCAAUAGUCAACCCGUGAAAAAUCUCACUCUGGUGUGUCCUCCUGUGGAUAAAGUUACAGCGAUGGCUUCAGAAGAUGUCCCAUCAAGUUUCAUUAUAUCGUGUCGAUGUCCAGGCCAUUCCUCCGGGGACUCGAAUACAAUGGGCCAAGUUGCAUGCCCAACACUCCAGGUUGAAAACAUUACUAUAAAUAUUCCACCACUAAGCUAUCCUCCGCGUAUAAGUAACAGCCCUCCGGUCCUUUUAGAUGAUGGCCCUCCCCAAAACAAUGAAUCCAUAAACACAGGCCUCUGUCCAAGUGGUUUUCCUCCCGGACAUCGAACUACACAGCAUUAUGAUACAGCUCGAGGUAUCAGUGUUUCCUCCCAACAUAAAUAUCCACCAAGUGAGGCGUCUGCUCGUCCAGAAUCCAAUCGAAAUCCCAUGGCAAGCUUUUGCCCGAACUGCGGGAAGGAAGUUAAGAAUUAUGCGACAAAGUCGCUAGAAGAAACUCAGCGAAAUACUACAGUGACUCGAGAUUGCCAGUCUUGUGUAGAUUCGUGUCCUCCAAAAGAAAAAAUGACGCAACAGAAAACUGCAGACACGUCCUCAGAAGCCCCACGGCAACUUCAGAACGUGAUUCCUCAUCAAGUAGAACUGCACAGGCCAACUGCGCAGAUCAGAGACACAACCGGUAUUAACGCGGAGGCUAGUUUUGUGUCCAAAGAAACGUGCCAAAGUGAGCCAACGAAAUCAGACAAGGAAGGCCAAGAGUUAGGUGACUAUAAUCAGCAGAAGAAGAAAGUAAUAGAAUAUGUGUCUACAACUUCUACUAUCCUGCAGAAACAAGUUAUAGUGCGCGGCUUCUUCCCGAGGAUUAGCGAUGCUUGUCGUGCCAAGAAUAUCAUGAGCAAAAUAAAAGUAGGACCGAACAUGACAGAACUCUUCGAAGAUGCACUUUGUCACCUAAAGGGAGGCGGCGCCCAGUGCUGCGCGUGGUGCGCCGAGUCGGGGGACUCCGCCAAGGACUGCUCCAGGGACGUGGGGCGCGGCGGUGCCCCCCAGUGGCCCUUCCCGGAGCGGCCCGAGGACCCGGCGCCAGCCGCCUUCAGCCCGGACCUGAACGCCGGCGACGGCGACGACGUGUGCAUCCUGGAGCCGUACGUGGACCGCUUCCAGUUCACGGAUGAGGAGCUGGACGCGGUGUUCCCCGAGGGCCGGGGGCGGCGCGGAGACCGGCGACGGCGGGCCGCCCCCAGGCGCGCGGCGCCGGCCGACUCGAGCAGCGCCGGGCCGGCCAGCCUGCAGCUGGAGCCGCUGGACGCCGACAUCUCCGAGGCCAGCCUCGCGCUGUUCGGCGCCGCCGACGAGAUGUGGCGCCACUGCAACCUGGACCCGCGCCGCCGCCGCGCCGGGCUGCCCCUCCCCCCCUCCACGCGGCGCGAUGAUGGCGGCGGCGGGCGCCGGUUCGCCCAGUUGCCCACGGCGGAAGGCUCGCCGGACGCGACCAGUUCUGUGUCCGGCACGGAGGAGGCGACCAACGACGGUGGCACGGCCUCUGACGGCGGCACGGCCUCUGACGGCGGGACGGCCUCUGACGGCGGCACUGCCUCUGAUGGCGGCACUGCCUCUGACGGCGCCGACCUGCCUGUAGGCAGCCAGACGACGCCAGACACCGCCGAGACGUCUCCCGCCUCAGAGUUAGCCGCCGGCCCCUCCCUCUGGGUCGAUGUCGUCCUCGUCGGUGGAGUCCUCUGCCUGGAGAUGAUCCGUCGUGAAGAGCGGUCUUCUGUGGUGAGGAAUUGGGUGUUCAGGGAAGUGAGUCCGCGACUGAGGCGAUCCCUGAGCAACGGCUCAAAGACAGAGGAGGCGAGGAGGCAUGUGUCGUCAGCAUAUUGGACAAGGUAG